UAAUGAGGUUAUCAUUUAGAGAUGAUUAUAUCUAUUAUCUUCUUAUUGUAAAACACACAAAAUGUCAUUAUUUUUGCAUUAUUCUGCAUACAAUAAAUGUCUAAAUUUUUCUGAAGCAGCAUUUAAUGGACCUUUACUGCCACCUACUGGACAAAAACGUUAUAUUGUUAACAGGUUUCAUCACAAGAAAGUGUCUCAAUAAAAUAAAGCACAUUUCUUCUGAAAUGAACAAACAUAGAUGAUGUGUUUCUGCACAACACAAUUAUAAAUUAAAAUUGUUUAUUUUAUUAAAAUAAAUAAUUUCUACUCUGUCAGCAGCUUCUUUGAAUUAAUAAAUAAAUUAGAAAGAAAGUAAAAGAAGAAAAAAUAGAUGAAAGAUAAAAAAGAAGAUAAGAAAAAAGUAAAGAGAGAAAUAUGUAUUUAUUUCAAGACAAAAUGUAGUCCAUAUAAUUUAAAAAUGAAACAAAUUAUCAAAUCAUUUGUUGUACACCUUUACAGAAAAGUUGUUUUUAAAAAAAAAAAUUCCGAUAUCGGAAAAUAAGUUUCAAAAAAUUAAGAAAAAAAGUAAGCGCAAGAAGAAAAAAAAAUUUUUUUAAAGCAUUAAAAAAAAGUAAUAGAAAAAUAUGACAAAAAUUAGUCCGUAAUAUUAAAAAAUAAUAAUAAAAAAAAGUUAGAAAAAAAUUAAAAUGUAAUAAAUUACCACGUAGUUCCAGCUGAUGUCCAGCAGAGGUCAGGCUUUGCCCGAACACCAAACCGCAGGUGAAUUUCCGCACCUUUCGGGCGAGGAGAGCAGUGAUGCAUCGUGGUUGUUGUAGUCCUACCCGCCUCUGAGUGACUGAAAACUACAAGCCUGACCAUGUGACAAUAAAGCCAGUGUGUUUUGUCUUGCGUGCGUUUGCGUGUCUGUCAGAAAUUAUGCGGAACUCGCAGGCCCUGUCAGCGCUGCAGCUUCCUAUUUACUGAAAGGCUGACAGACAGACAGCCUGCACAGGAUGACUCCGAGCAGUCACCGGCUUUCGCCAUGAAGUGGCUUUCUUUUUUUCAUUCCUUGACGCCCCUAUAAAAGUUUAUUUUUGCUUCAAAUGCUUUUUUGAAACUUUCGAGCGAUUUUAAAAUGAAGUUCAACGGAUACCUGAAGCUGCGGAUCGGCGAGGCGCUGGACCUCAAACCGACCACCUUCUCAACGCGCCACACCGUCAUCUUCAACAAGGCCCCCCAGACGCUGGACCCCUACAUAGUGGUGAAGGUGGACGACUACAAGGUGGGGCAGACGCACACCAAGCAGAAGACCAACAUGCCCACGUACAACGAGGAGUUCUCCCUCAACGUCAACAACGGCAAGCAGAUCGAGCUGGCGGUCUUCCACGACACCCCGAUCGGAUAUGAUGACUUUGUGGCCAACUGCACCAUCCAGUUCGAGGACAUGAUCAAAACAUCCAACACAGGAGAGACCUUCGAGGGAUGGAUGGACUUGGAACCAGAGGGCAAGGUUUACGUCCUGAUUACACUCACCGGAUCGUUCACCGACGAUGUCGCUGUAACUAAAGAAAACACCCACAAGCAGUUUACGAGGGAGCGGCAGGGCGCCGUGAGGCGACGGAUCCACCAGGUCAACGGGCACAAGUUCAUGUCCACUUUCCUCCGUCAGCCCACCUUCUGCUUCCACUGCAAGGAGUUCAUCUGGGGUGUGUUCGGAAAACAAGGUUACCAGUGUCAAGUGUGUACGUGUGUAGUUCAUAAGCGGUGCCACCAGCUGGUUGUCACUGUGUGUCCACGCAUGAAGAGAUCAACCAAAGAGAAGGAUGCAACUCAAGGUUUCAGCAUCAACGUCCCUCACAAGUUCAGCACUCACACCUACAAGUCUCCAACCUUCUGUGACCACUGUGGUUCGCUGCUGUGGGGAUUAGUUCGGCAGGGCCUGCACUGCAAAAUUUGUAAAAUGAAUGUUCACAUACGCUGCAAAGGCAACGUCGCCCCAAGCUGCGGCGUCAACAGCGUGGAGCUGGCCAACAAGCUAGCGGAGAUGGGUCUACAGGCCGGAGGACUCUCCAAGAGGAACACAAUGCAGGUUAAAGAGCCGAGUAGGCAGCCAUCCGAGAGAACGGAGAGUACAACGACCACGGAGGGUCAGCCGGAGACCCCGCGGCUGGGGAUCUCAGAUUUUACUUUCCUUCAGGUUCUUGGCAAAGGCAGCUUUGGCAAGGUGAUGCUGGCAAAACUAAACGGCAAAGAUCACGUCUUCGCCAUAAAGGUGCUGAAGAAGGACAUCAUCCUGCAGGACGACGACGUCGAGUGCACCAUGACGGAGAAGCGGGUUUUGUCGCUGGCCCGCUGUCACCCGUACCUCACGCAGCUUUACUGCUGUUUCCAAACACCGGAUCGUCUUUUCUUUGUGAUGGAGUUUGUGAAUGGAGGCGAUCUCAUGUUCCACAUCCAGAAGUCCAGGAAGUUUGAAGAGGGCAGAGCGCGUUUCUACACGGCGGAGAUCACAUCCGCCCUCAUGUUCCUGCACAGCAAAGGCAUCAUCUACAGGGAUCUAAAACUGGACAACGUCCUGCUGGACAAAGACGGUCACUGCAAGCUGGCAGACUUCGGCAUGUGCAAGGAGGGAAUAUUUGAGGGCGUGGCCACCGGGACGUUCUGCGGGACUCCGGAUUAUAUCGCCCCAGAGAUCCUGCAGGAGAUGAUGUAUGGCCCGUCGGUGGACUGGUGGGCGCUCGGCGUGCUGCUGUACGAGAUGCUGUCAGGCCACGCCCCCUUCGAGGCUGAAAACGAAGACGACCUCUUUGAGUCCAUCCUCAACGAGGACAUCGUUUACGCGUCCUGGCUCAGCAAAGAGGCGGUCAACAUUCUCAAAGCUUUUCUGACUAAAAACCCGGCGCGGCGUCUCGGCUGCAUCCCGUCAGAAGGAGGCGAGGACGCCGUCAUCAGCCACUCCUUCUUCACCGGCAUCGACUGGGAAAAAUUAAACCGCAGAGAAAUAGAGCCGCCAUUCAAGCCAAGGAUUAAAACGCCUGAGGAUGUGAACAACUUUGACCCGGACUUCACCCAGGAGGAGCCGACGCUGACCCCCAUCGACGACCCCGUAAUCCCUUCCAUCAACCAGGACGAGUUUAGAAACUUUUCCUUCACUUCGCCUGACCUUCUGAACAUCUGAGAGGCUCCAAUCCUGGCAUUUAUCUCCCAGUUUUCCUCCCAGUUUCUACUGAAAUCACUUGAACUUCAUCGCUGUCUCCCUCCUCCAGAAAUCUGAGGGAAUGUCUCAAAAGGACGUUGGAGGCGCCGGGCGAUAGCUGAACUCCUCUGCACCCGUUUAACCCUGGAUGUUGCAUUUUUCAUCUGAUUUUUAUUGUUAUUUUCACUGUCAGAUGGAUUCACUGGCACAUCCAGCCGUUCUGUUGUAAUGGAUUUUCUUCCUAUUUCUUCAAAUGGAAAAAAUACUUUUUAUAAAAAAUAAAAAAAUAAAAUUGUUCUGUGUUCAGAAACACACACCAGUUUCACAUGAAUCUGCCAGAUUCCCAGAAAAGGUCCGAAUUAAGUGCUGGAAAGCCUGUGACUGGAGCAGAAGAAAUAGUUUUUCAGUGACCUACUCUUUCUCUGGAAAAAACACAAAUGCACACAGACUGAAGAAGUCAGAAACGCAGCAGAAGUUUUUCACCGAUUAAAGAUGGCAGAACCUGAUCAACAGCCUGCAGAUAAGAGACGACGCAUUAUUUGGACUCUGCUGCUCUUUGUAAUCUGAUCAGAUGGGCAAGUUAAACAUGGCGCAACGAAUCACUGACUCAUCCUGAUGGGGAAAUAGAAAAAAAAACUAAAUUUCGCCACGGCAGCGUGACAAAGAGAGAGUGAUUGCAAACGGUUGUACGUUGGCAGAAUGAAAGCAGCAUUCACUCUGCAAACACAGAGGCUGCACUGCAAAAACAAACUCUCACCAAGCGGCUUUGUCUAGUUUCUGCUGCAAAUACCGUUGUACAUUUGAAAUAAGACAAAACUAACUUGCAAGUAGUUUUUCAGAAAGAUAUAGGAGCUUGUUUUAAGUCCUUGGUAUUGAUGAAAAAAUAUUAGUACAAUGACAAAUUAUUUCACUAGUAACAUGACAUUUUUCCCAUGUUGUAAGUGAAGUAAUCUAUAACUUUUAUAGCAAUAUUAUGGAAAUAUUGACUCAAAAUAAGUUCAUAUCUUGCUAAAAAGUUAGUUUUUGUACUGAGAUAUUUGCACAAGAAAAUAGACAAAAACACUUGGAAACAUUUUGUGGUUUUUUUGGUCAAAGUAACUUUUCAACAAGAGACAGACUUGUGUUACACUGCAAAAACAGAAAAUCUUAUCAAGUAUUUUUGAUCUAGUUUCUAGUGCAAAUAUCUUUACAUUUGAAAUGAGACAAAACUAAUAAGUAACUUUUUAACAAGAUUUUAGUGUUAGUUUUAAGGAAGUAAUUUCUUAAUACUGAUUAAAACUGCUAGUUUUCCUUUCAUACUACUUCACUUAAAAGGUAGGAAAACGUACUUUUAUCAGUGAAAUAAUUUGCUGAGGAAAAAAAAACUUUUAAAUCAAUAUUAAGGAAUUAUUUACUUAAAAUAAGCUCCUAUAUUUAUGCUGAAAAGCUACUUGUAUGUUAGGUUUAUCUUAUUUUAAGUGUACUGAGAUAUUUGCACUAGAAACUAGAUCAGAACUACUUGGUAAUAUUUUGUGUUUUUGCAGUGUGUGUGACGGCUUCCUGCUCUCUGGCCUGUUGGUUUAAAUCCAAGAAAUUCAUAAAAAAAUGUUCAGUCCUUGAUAAAAGCGGAGCAAAAAGCAGGCAAACAGGGAGAGCUUGAAUCUUUCACCUAGAUUUUCUGAUAUCUCAGCGGACGGGUUGGGCCUUCAGCUGAGCUUCAGUUUUCGUUGCUAAAUAACGGACGAUAGACAGGAAACCACACACGGCGUCACUGCUGUCGCCUUUAAUCGAGACAGGAAGAGGAGCACGACGAGAUAACUUUAUAGAUCUUUCUGUCCUGCAUUAGGGGAGUUUAGGCAUACUUUUAUUUCAUUUAAGUGACAAAUUGCCAUAAGGGGAAAAAGGCAUGAAAACAUGCAGUAGUGGAAUUAAUCUGCCAGUGGAUUGAUUGUGUAUUAAUUUAUUAAAUAUGACUGCACAUCUUUUCUUUUCUCAUUGAAGUUACUUGUAUCGUACUUAGACGUUCUACUCAAGUAAAAGUAGAGAAAUAAAAAGUACAGUGCCAUAAAACAUGUAAGUUACUCAGAUAAAUGUAGCUGGUACUUCUGUCACACCUGCAUGUUCAUGUUCUUUGCAGAAUAAUUUUAAUUCAGCCACAUUAAAUCACUUUCGACCAUAGAAAGACAACAUGA